GAACACCCCUGCUUAUGGCAUCGAUACUUUUACUCGCGAUUCUAGCUGUCGGCAAAUGGGAGUUGUGACGUUAUCUUUUAAUAAAGCCGCACUCUAUAAAUAAAACGCAUUUUAAAAAAAACUCGAUCUGAUAACAAACGCAGCAGAACAGGCAACUGCCACAACAGCAGCCACAUCAGCAAAACACGCAGCGGAGACAGCCGGCGUGUCAUUCGAAAGCAUAUUUAAAGACAGCCAGACGCCGAAGCUGGGGCCGGUUAACCAACAAGAAGCACAAAUUGAUUGACUGCUGGCCACUUCGUGCGAAAAAUGGGCGCCUUGCGUUACAUGGGCUGGAUAACCGGCUGCUCGGUGUUCACCGCAUUCAUUUCGAUCAUCUGGCAGGCAUUUUUAUCGCUCCAGGCACUCAAUAAGACCACCGUACUCUUGACUGGCCUCCUGGCGCUUGAGGGCGGUCUUAAGAGGUCCGCGUUUGAGCCGGCACCCAAAGUGGCUGUUGGCUAUGGCGCCUGCACAGAUCUACAAGUAAAUGCUACAGAGUUUCUGGAGAAGUUUUACAAAAUGCGCGUGCCCCAUGUGCGCUCCGAUUUUGCGGCAACCGAUGUGAACAACGAAAACGAGCUGCUGCAAUCGUUUGCCUAUUACUUUAAGAACGGCGCCGCAGCCGAACGUGCUAUAGCCAAUGGCACGCUCUUCAAGCAGCUGAUAAGCAAUGCCAAAGAAAUGGACAAGGAGCGCAUCCAUUGGUAUAUGGGUGGCAAUGCGCCGUUGAUGGCAGUGCGCUUCGUCAUGGAGGGAGCGGAUGUGCUGUUGGGUGCGCACAUGUCCAAAAAAUUACGCCCUUUGCUGCCAAAGGAAAUACGUCUGGCAGGCGAUGAAAUACCUGAUGAUGACAUACAUCUUAUACUCGAAUACAAGGCUGGCGAUAAAUGGGGGCCAUAUGAGGCGCCACGCGCCAAUCGUUACAUACUGCACAACGACAAGAAUAACCCGCAUUUAAGAUCGGUGGAGCAGCUGACGGACGCAUUAAAGCAUUAUAACCCACAGCUGCUGGUAGUCAGCGGUCUGCAAAUGAUGGACAUGUUCAAGUUUAGUCCUGGAGUGCGUGAGGCACGCUUGCGGCAGGUGCAAAUUCAGCUGACCAGUCAGCCCCAGGACACGCUUCAACAUUUUGAGUUCGCAAGCUAUGUAGAGUUGCAGCUACUGCAGCAACUCCGACAGUUUGUGCUGCCCUAUGUGGACUCUCUGGGCAUGAACGAACAAGAGCUGUCAAAUCUACGCCAGGUGCUGGAGAACGGACGCACCACGCUAGCCACCGACUGGAAUCCACGCGUAGCUCAUACACUGGAUCAAAUGCGACAAGUUUUUAUCAGUCUACAGGAGGAUUACUCUGCACAGCGCCAGUCGGACACGCGACGUCGCAUGGUCUCUAGAAUACACGUACACACCUUGGCCUAUCAGGCCAUUCUGACCAUAGCCAAUUCGAAGUGGAAGAAUACUCGGGCUGCGGCUGCCAAGGCGGCAUUGACAGCUCAUCGCUAUGUCUGCAAAACACAGUUUGUUAAUCCAGAAUCGGUGAUGCUUGUGUUGGACGACAGCUUCGCAACAUCCGCCCAGGAGCAGGCACCACGUAUGCGCGUUGGCGCAGCCAAUCCUGUGCCCUGCUGGAACGAAUUUAUACAAUAUGGCGAAGAGCUGCAAAGAAUCGAAGUACAAAUUUGUGUAGCGCCCGUGCUAGUAUGUCGGGUGGCUAAAAAGACAGCGGGCGCUGGAGAUAAUAUAUCUGCAUCAGGACUGGUGGCUCAACUGUGAGUCGGAAAGCCUUAAGCAAUAACGAUGACAACGAUCAUGUUUGGGACCGGCAAGACUGCUUAGUAUUUACACGAAUGAAAUGCAAAAGACUCAAUUAGUAACCCUCAAAUUGAAUACCCAGACACCUCCAUCCACUUUCAAGAUACAUUCCCUGUUGAAUACUGUUUAUAUACAGCAUGUUUAGCACCUUAGUGACCUUAGAAACGCGUUACCUUCAGUAUAUGGAUUACGAACGCCGACAAAUCCUUAAGAAUUGUUGCAGUUGCGCACGUACUUCAUACAGAACGGAACAACGAUAGAGUUGGCUCAAGGCCUUAGUACUACAUAUCUAGAAGAGUUUGCAGAUAACGAAACAAACAAUUGAAAUUCAGAAGAAACACUCAAUGUUACAAUAUCUUAGUUGAUUUCUACAUCGAAUCUCUGGUAUUUACUCACUCACUCUUAAUUAUUUAAUGUGUUCAAAAUUAUUCCUGAGAUGCAUUAAAAUGCAAUCUAGUCUAA